AUGUCUGAUUUAGACGACGAUUUGUUGGCCCUUGCGGGUGCUGACUCUGGCUCCGAGGAGAACAUGCUGGACGUGCCCUUGAAGCGGGCUAAAACAGACAAUUCGGGAAGAAAACGGGCCAAAACUUCGUCUGAAGAUGCAGCCGAUGAAAACGACGACGCCGAAGAAGAAGAAGAAGACGAAGAUGAUUAUGAGCCCCAAGAUCAUGUUACUGUUGAGCAGGAUUCCGAAGAUGCUGCUUCAGAUGAUGAUGAGGGCGAACAUGAUUUGAUUAAUCCAUACCCCUUGGAAGGAAAGUAUAAAGAUGAAGCGGACCGGGAGCUUUUGCUCGAGAUGGACGAGAUAGAACGUGAGCAAACACUUUUCGACCGUUCCCAGGAGAUGGACCGCUACAAUGAGAAAAAGUACUUGCAACAGCGUAUGAAGCAGCAGCGACAACAAGGUGUGGAGAAGAAGACACGUUCUUCGAGCAGAAAUAUCGAGAAGUCAUCGCUGCGGAACUCUAAGCUGGAUAAAUUGAGCGAGUUACGGAAACAGAGAGAAAAGAAGUCUCGUAGAAACGACGGUGACGAUUAUCGUGACGACGAAGACGAAGAAGAAGAGGAUGACCAAGACGAACAGGAGGAUGAUGACCAGUACGACCCAGACGAUAUUAAGGGUUAUGGAGAGGAAAGCGUGGUCUGGGGUAGCGGAAAGUCUCGAUUCAAGCCUAAAAGUUUCGAGAAGGCCACUGCUCGUCAUAUCAACAAUAUUCGUGUGGGUCGCAGUUUCUUGAGCAAGUUCCUCUACUACCGUGAUUUUGCUGAUGCAGUCGAGCACACAUUUGGUAAAAUCAAUGUUGGCGUUGACAGACGUACACGCAAUCCCAUCUACAGAGCUGUUCAAAUUGAACAAGUGGUGACACAUCCUCACAAACCAUACAAGUUGAAUGGCAACAAAACUGACAUGUACCUUUUAGUCAGUCAAAACAGCAACCAAAAGAAAGAAUUCCCAUUGAACAUCUUCAGCGACAGCGACAUUACAGAAGAGGAGUUCGAAAGAUACCUUGCUGAGUUAGCCAAGACCAAUGAGCAGGCUCCAUAUGUCGAUUCCGUUACCGAAAAAGCAGAGCAACUCCACAAAUUGAUGAACAGUGGUCUUUCAAGUAAGGACAUUGAUGAGAUGGUAGAGCGCAAAAAAGAGUUGAACGGUGGAAUCAGAUCAUACGAUGCCGUUUAUCAAAAAUCCAAGGUGAUGGAUGAGAUCCGUGUCGCAAAGCAAGAAAAUGACGUGGAGCGUGUAAAGGUGCUCCGCGAGAAGUUAAGAAGUCUCGAAGCUGUUUUGUACAAAGAGAACGAGCGGUCCUCGCAGAGUUCUUCGGCCAGCAUGUCCAAGGUCAACGAGAGAAACCGUAAAUUGAAUCUGACAAACAUCAGAAAAGCCGAGGUGAAGUCCUCUGUCUUGCGUAAAACAGCCGAUGCCGUUGACGGUGAUCCGUUCUCAAGAUUGAAGACCACAACCAGAAUUUUCUACCAAGAUUUGGUUAACGAAGAAAAUCAGAAAGCCUUGCAAGAUGCUCGGGAUAACUUCGACAAUUUAAUGGCCGAGAAGAAUGAACGUGAAGAGCGCAUUGCUUCUUCGACGUAUCGUGUUUUGGGAUACUUCGACAAGCUAAUCUCCCAGGUUGACGUUGAUUUUGUCCCAGUCAACAUUUAG